AUGGAAAAGGCAAUGCCUGCAGCCGCCUUCCCAGGCUCCAACUCCAGCACCAUGAACGUGUCCUUGGCUCACCUCCACUUUGCUGGCGGGUACCUGCCCUCCGACUCCAAGGACUGGAGGGCCCUGGUCCCGGCUCUGCUGGUGGCCGUCUGCCUGGCGGGCUUCGUGGGGAACCUGUGUGUGAUUGGCACCCUCCUUCACAGCGCCUGGAAGGGAAAGCCCUCCCUGAUCCACUCGCUGAUCCUCAAUCUCAGCCUGGCGGAUCUCUCAUUGCUGCUGUUCUCUGCGCCCGUCCGAGCUGCCGCGUACUCCAGGGCCGUCUGGGAUCUGGGCUGGUUUCUCUGCAAAUCCUCCGACUGGUUCGUCCACACGUGCAUGGCAGCCAAGAGCCUGACAAUCGUUGCAGUGGCCAAAGUAUGCUUCGUGUACGCCAGCGACCCAGCCAAGCAAGUCAGCGUCCACAGCUGCACCAUCUGGUCGGUGCUGGCGGCCAUCUGGGCGGCGGCCGGCCUGCUGCCCCUGCCAGAAUGCUUCUUCAGCACCAGCAGGGUUCUCGCAGGCGUGGAGAUGUGCCUCGUGGACGUGCCCGCGGAGACCGAAGUGUUUGCAUCAGUGUUUGGUAAGCUCUACCCUCUCCUGGUGUUUUGCCUUCCUUUACUCUCUGCCAGCUUUUAUUUCUGGAGAGCUUAUGGCCAAUGCCAAAAACGAGGCACUAAGACUAGGCAUCUUAGAAACCAGAUGCGCUCCAAGCAGCUCACGGUGAUGCUGCUCAGCACUGCCAUCGCCUCGGCUGUUCUGUGGCUCCCCGAGUGGGUAGCGUGGCUGUGGAUGUGGCACCUGAAGGCUGGCGGCCCGGCCCCGCCGCAGGGCUUUAUAGCCCUGUCUCAAGUCCUCAUGUUUUCCACCUCUUCCGCAAAUCCUCUCAUUUUUCUCAUGAUGUCAGGGGAGUUCAAGGCAUGCCUGAAGGGCUUAUGGAAAUGGGUGAGAGCCAAAAAGCACCCAGCUGCCUCGGCGUCUCAGGAACCACCAGCCGGUCACUCGGAGGUCCUUCCCGACAAUGUUCCCUCGCCAGAGUCCCCAACAUCCAUCCCUGAGCAAGAGAAAACUGGCUCUCCCUCCUCCAGAAAAGAGAAAACGGAGAAGGCAGAGGCUCCCACCCUCCCCGACGUGGAGCAGUUUUGGCACGAGAGGGACACAAACCCUUGUGUACAAGACAAUGACCCUAUCCCCUGGGAACAUGAAGACCGAGAGACAGGAGAGUGA